UACAUACAUGCACAGAUAGAAUAUACUGAUUUAAAAAAUGAUUACCUAAAAAAAUCGAAAAAUGCCUGAGUUAUUGCUUGCAACAGCUGGUGAAGAUUUGCGACUAUGGGCAAUGCCAACAUUAAACUUGCAUUCAGUGAAAAAUGGAACUAAUGCUAACUUAACAUCAUGUUCUUGCAGUCCUAAUGGUCAGUUGGUAGCCUAUGCACAUGAGGGAGAAGGUUUAAAUGUUGCAUCUUUACAAGAGGAUGAUCAAGAUGUUAUAAAUAUACCUACUUCUUGUGAGCAAUCUAGUGUUUCUUUCAAUGGAAAUUCUCGCUAUCUUGUAAGCAGUGGAGUGGAUCAUGUUGUAUGCAUUUGGGAUAUUAAAUCUAAAACGGCUAAAAGAAUUUAUAAGGAUCACACACAUCCUGUUACUUGCAGCAUUUUUAACUACAAUGAUAAUACAAUAGCUUCUUCUUCUAAUCAUGGCAAUAUUUUGCUUACUAAUGUGCAAUCAGGAGUUUCAUCUGAACCACUUUCAACAGGUGAAAACCAGGCAAUCCGAAGUUUAAAUUAUUCACACUUUGUAAGAUCAUUGUUGGCAUCAAUUAAUGACAGUGGUGCCGUAUCGUUAUGGGAUACAAAAGAAAAAAAGUUAAUCAAAACAUUUACAGAGCAUAAAGGGCCUGGUACAAAAGUAUCAUUUUCACCACUAAAUGAUAUGUUGCUUUGUUCUUGUGGGUUAGAUAAACGAAUUAUUUUUUAUGAUGUUACUGGAAAAAAAAUGGUUAAAACUAUUAACACAGAAGGACCUGUUACCUGUUGUGAGUUUAUGCAUGAUGGGUGUACUGUUGCAGCUGGCACAGCUUCAGGUAGAUUAUACUUAUUUGACCUACGACAAGGAUCAACACCAGUUAAAGUUGUUACAGCACAUAAAACAUCUGUACGCUCUGUUUCAUUUCAAAUGAUACCUAAGGAGAAGUCUCCAAAUCGAAUAGCUGCUGAUAACAAUUCUUUAGGAAGAGUUGAAGGCAUGAGUCAAAAAGAAAAUUCCUUGGAAGUUACAAAUAAUACUCAACAGCCUUCAGACGGAUCAACUUCUCAAAUUAAUAAUACGCCUACUUACACCACUAUGAAUAAUAUUCAAAAUAAUGCAAGCUCAUUGAAUCAGAGAGAAAACACAUCAAAUUCAAUGGUUCAGAGAGAAAAUAGCACAGUGAAUUUAAAUAAUAUGUUAAACUUAAAUAAAGUAGCCAACCUGAAAGUACCCCAGGGCAAUACUGCUGCAACACCUAUGAAAGCAGCAAAACUUAAUAGUGAUGACAUUUUCUCACCUAUUCCUAUCGAUGUUAAUAUUCGUAAAGCUGCAGUUAGUCGUCAAAAAUCAACUCCAAAAGUUAAUUCAUUUUUAGCAGAAACUAAUGUGACAAGUAGUGAGGAAAUGCGGCCUACCUACUUGCGAAGUAAAUCUAGUUUCUCAAAAUUUUCUUCUGUUGCAAGAAGCACUGAUGAUUUGAGUUAUAUCCAAAAAAAAGGAAGGGAAAAAGAUGGCGAUAAAGACUCAAUAGACAGUGGAAAACGUGGAAUUCUUGGCUUCAAAUCACCAUUCAAAAAAAAACAUGUCAAACAUUCAGAUGAAUCAGAAACAAGCUCCAUUGAGUCAUUUGACCAAAAUGGCAAAUCACCAAUGGCAGGUCGUAGAGAUAAAAAUGAGCAAAAGAGUGAUCGUUCUAUCGAUUCUUUUACAAGUUUAAAGAUUUCAAAUGCUUCUGAACAACUUUAUAAUGUUACUAAGAUUGAUACCAAUCAGUUUGCAUCAGACAUUCAACAUUCAUUGGCAAUGCAGAUAACUAGUCCUAACCACCCAGCUGAAGUGAAUGACUAUCAUUCUUCCUUUCAAAUAGAGCUAAUUAAAAGCAUGAUUGAUGAUGCAAUGGAAGAAAGCAGAACUGCUGUGCAUGAUGCAAUAGUUAAUCUUCAAGUUGAGAUGCUUCGCCAAAUGGAAAUACAAAAGGAACAAAUACGUCAAAUGAUACUAAAUCAUUCGGUAAAUGAAGAUCUGGUCUCUGAAGUUAACAGAUUACGAGCAGAAAACGAAAGACUACGUUUAAAGUAUUAAACAAAUGUUAGAUAGUUUUUUGAUAUUUUCAAGAAGAUCAUGGAAAGGUCAUUGUCAAUAGAUGGUCGUGGAUUCAAGAAGUUUUUGAUAUUUUAAGUUUCAAGAAAUUUCUUUACAAUUAGAUGCGAAUUAUUUUCGAAUAAUUUAUAAUUAUUUGCAUAUUAUUUUUGUAAUAUAAAACUAUAUUUUGAAAUUUGCACCCUUCAAUUUGCUAGAUUUUUUUUUUGUUUCACAAGUUUUCUAAGUUUAAAUGUAAAAUUAUCUUAAACAAUAACUUCCUUUUAUCCUCUCUUGUUUAACGAAAAUUAUGCUUAAAAAGCUUAUGCUACGCAACAUAUGGUGUAUUCUAGGUGUAAUAAAUCCGGUGUUAAUUUUUAGCUUU